AUGACGAACUAUUCUGACAGCCACAAAUUAAACAUUCUCUUUCACUUGGCAUUACACGUGGUUGUUUUUGUAACGGACCCCUUCAGUGAAACAGUGUCAGGAGUAGAAAUAUCCGUGUCCCCGACCAGCCUGAAUGAGGGAAGCACUCUGACGAUCACCUGUAGAGAACAGUCACUUUCACAAGGAAUUAAGCUGUUUAUACUAGGUGUGGAGAAGGCCAAUGAUGCUGGGGGAUAUGACAACCUCCUUACAUAUAAUGUAAACCUUGAUCCAGGAGAUCCAUACCUGCCUACAUGGGGAACUACUAUCGGUGAUAUUCAGCAGCGGGCUAAUGCUACCACGUCAUUUGAUGCUGGUAAAACAUCCGGGUUUUUUGAGCUGAGGAUACAUUCAGUCAGGUGUAGCGAUCCGGCCUCAUUCAGGUGUACCAUGACAUCAAGUACCAGUGGGGCUGCUCAGUCUUCAAAUGUCCAGAAUGUAUCAAUACAUGGUGUGACACAGAGUAUACAGGUUACAGGUGCUCAGGACUGCAGUAUAUUCAUCGAUCCUGACUGUGCAAUGUGUCAGAGCUUUGAUGAUAAGUCUGGAGUUCAACCCAAAUACGCCAAGAUGGGACAACCCUUAGAGCUGACCUGUGCUGGACAGCUGGCAACGCCACAGUCCCAGAACAAAGCUAUCUGGUACAAGCAGAAUGUGAAUGACCUACAGAAAGAGAUGAUUACUAUGAACAAAACAGACUUGGUGUAUGAUCCUCCGGCUCCAAAUGCCUGUACGGUUCUCGGACGCUCCACUCUGACGUAUUACCCUCAGAACACGGACCGUGAGCUGAGAAUCACCUGUGAAAUCAGUUCUGGGAGCUCAGUUGAUACAGUCAGUGAUGAAAUGUCCAUCUGUGUUGAAGGUAAAAUCUACAGGUAUUCUACAGAUAAGCAUACAAAAGUUGUAAGCAUGUGAGAUCUGAUCACAAACUUUUAGUCUUGUUGGUAAGCUGGAUGUUUUAAAACACGUUUCCUAUAUGUAUAUUCCUAAUGGGAGAGCGCAAUGCUCCAGGGGUUAGAGACUCCUGUCUUUGGAUCUCUAGUCCAUCCCAGGUAGCGGUUCGUACCCGGCCUUGAAAAGUUCCUGUAAGACCACUUGCCU